AUGUCAUCCCCCCUAUGACCUUCAUUCAACUCCAACUGCCAUUUUGUUUUCUAGACUCCCUGAAAUGGAGAGGGUGGUGGUGAGAGGAGUUUGGGCUUUGCCCAAGCCCUGUUGAAUGGGCUAGAAAAGUAUAGCCAGGAGAGGUAGUAUUUUGAAGGAGAGGGAAAGAGAAAGAGAUAGGGAAUUCUGGGAGGUAUGUGUGGGAAAACACUGUUUCCUAUACCUACCACCAACAAAUGUUGUCUGCUUAUUUGUUUAGGGCCUGACUCCUAGCUUUAGUCACUGUUGACCCAUUCCUUCUACUUGAAUCCCAGAACCCUCACCAUGGGGACCAAAAAACAAAAAAAAAUGAAGAAAGUCGUCUUCUAUGCCGAGCGUACAAAGGAUAGACUCCCCCCAGGACCCUCGAGGCAGGAAGUUUUGCAGACUCCAAUCCUUAUGGCCUUAAUGAAGAGUCCUGGGCCUGCGAGGUACCUCCGUCCAUCUUGUACAGGCUUUAUAGGCCAUGAUAUCACUAUGAAUAGAGCACCAGCCUACACUUUCCACAUCAAGCACUCAGAAAAGCGUCAUACUGACGAGUACAGUCCUGGGCCUCAGUAUCUCUAUGACUCCAGGGUCACCCGCUUUGGAGUGUCAAGUUGCUCCCAAGUUCCAAUGGAGGAGCGGAUCUCAAACUUACGUGUGUGGACUACACCAGCACCAACUACAUACUUCAUUGAGAAUGUUCAUCCCCCUGGUGAGCGCCGGUCACCCCAGUACACGAUGGGCUACCGCUGUCCUUAUCGCAUAUCGGAUCCUAACCCGGCCCCUAACCAGUAUCCCCAGCCCCCACGGCUAGGGUAUGCCACCCCUGUGAACCACAGCGCUCCAUGCUAUGGCUUUGGCACCUCUGCUAAUCCAUGGUAUUUCAAUAAGGACAUCUACAAAACCCCUGGCCCAGCUGCGCAUGCCAGGCCCGAACCAUCAGUUUACCAGAACCGGAGUCCUAUCCACACCAUGGGGAAGCUCUUUGGCUACCCCCGUGACCAGACAAAUUAUCCAGGUCCUGGUUCCCAUGAUGUGCAAAUGGUCACCCUUCACAAGCCUCAAGUACCUUCCUUUUCCAUGGGCAUCAAACAUUCACCUCACCUCACUCCCCUGAUCAUUGAUGUGAAGGACUGAUCCUGCCCUUUCCUACUUCCCUUCUUGUGAUAAUAGGGCACGAGUAGAAGGGACUUCAGAAGACAAACUUAGUUUCUGUACUCGGGAUAAUAUUAGCAUCUUUCUUCAAGCCAGGUCAUGCCUAGUGCCAGUUUACUGCUAACAUCUCUCAGAUUAUAGCCCUUGCCCAAACACCCCACUCAGUUAUACUGAGGGAUUUCCUUUUCCCUCCCAAAUGUAUGUUUUUCUUAAAUAAAACUGACCUUGGAACAGUGGCAAAAA